AUGCAGGGGAUGGGGAGCCUGCGGCUGGGGAGCCGCGCGGUGAUGUACACGGCGGAGACCCUGCCCAAGGGCAAGAACCGAGUGAUGGGGACCAUCCAGAUCAUGACCGGCUUCAUGCACAUCGGCUUCGGGAUCGUCCUGACGACGCUCACCAACGUCUACACCUCCGUCUUCGUCAUCGGCGAGAUCCCCUUCUUGGGCGGCGUGUCUUUCAUCAUCUCAGGCUGCCUCUCCAUCGGGGCGGAGAAGAGCCCCACGGAGUGCGCGGUGAAGGGCAGCCAGACCAUGAACGUCAUCAGCGCCAUCUUCGCUCUGCUGGGCAUCGUCGCCUUCAUCGUAGACCUCAACCUGAACGGGCUCUACCGCUCCGGCUUCGACUAUUACAGCUACCUCGUCCUGCUCGCAGGGAACGGGAUUUCCAUCGUGCUGCUCAUCUUUACCAUCCUGGAAUUCUGCAUCGCCGUGGCCACUGCUAAUUUCUGGUGCCGGGCCACCCGCCUCAGCUCCAACGAGGCCAUGCUGAUCGUGCCCAGCGCCACGCGGGUGGACCUGGCAGCGCCGCCGGCCGACCUGCCCCAGCCGCCCAGCUACACCGAGCUGGCCGCCCCCGAAGUCUAG